AUGCAGUCCAUACUCUUCACAACGCUUGUCCUUCUGAGACUCGGCCUCUCAUCAACUGCCGUCGCCGUGUCUCCAAACGUCACCUUUGCCCCCGUCGUGACGAAUGCCCGCGGCGACGUUCUGUACGAGGCCACCCUUCCACAUAGGCAGGAUACCAGCCUCCGCGGCUGGAUCACUCUCUUCGCGCCCCGAGAGGGCGACGGCGUCAAAGUCCACGCCGACUUCUGGGGUAUCCCCGACGAUGAAGCCCUAGCAUACUCCAUCCAUGAGGACCCCGUCCCCGCCGACGGCGACUGUUACAAAACCGGUAACUCCUUCGACCCGUACCGGCGGGGGAACAAGACCACAUGCAAUAUGACGAGCCCGCAGGCUUGCCAGAUCGGCGACUUGAGCGGGAAACACGGGCCCAUUGUCACGGCGGAUCAUCAGGGGUUUGAAGCGCAGUACAGUGACCUCUACCUGUCGACGGAUCCGGGUGAGCCUGCUUAUUUCGGGAAUCGGUCGAUUGUCGUGCAUCGGAUGUCGGACCAUGCCAGGAUGAGCUGUGCGAACUUUGUGCUGGUGGCUCGGCCGGGACUACUGCCGCUUGCUCUGAAGAACUGA